AUGAGCAGUGGGAGGGAGAACCCUUAUGAAGCGCAAACUGGAAGUGUGCUGGAAGCGGCCGGUUUCUUGGCAUCGUCUUUGCACUUCUGCUGGAGUGUUUCCUGUCAGCUUGGACGUUUGAAGGGCAAGGCCAACUCUGAUCUACAGCAAGUUGUUGCACAACAACUGCGUGAACUGGCACAGACGGAUGCAAAGAAGUUGCAUGCUUUCACCAGCGCGCAAGGAGCGAACUGCCAACCCUGGUGGCUGCUUGCAAACCUACUACUUUGCUCUGCCAUCAGUCGAUGGCCACUCAUUUUGCUGAUGGUCUUGAACGGCUUUUGCGUUGUUGCGAAGGUGGUCAUCGGUACUUUUUCCUGGACAUCCACAAAGGACUAUAUGAUGUGCCAAUUGAAGCUCUUCGUAGCAGGAGCAUGUCUAGUUUUGCCGCUUUUGGUUUGGAACAUUGCUGCAUGGGCCUUCGUGCACUUGGCAGUGCGAUUGGCUACACACUUGCUCCCAGACCUGCUUCGGAGCUUACAGCCCGGCUUGCAGCCCUUGCCAAUUGAGGCAUUUCAGAACUUGUCCGCCGUAGUUUUUGCUGUGUGGAUCAUGGCGAAGUUCCUGAUGCUUGUGGAGGUCCUUGGCAGUCACCGCUACUACAGAGAAGUGCUGGGUCGCAGGAGGCAAACUGGCCUUCCCAGCAUAUCGUUCCAUGUUGUGGACGCUUUCUAUGGGUUUUCCUAUACGAUCGUGGCCUUCCACAUUGCAUGGGCUUCGUUAGAGCAGGCCUCCUUGCUUCAACGGCGUUGGUUGCCGGGUGGCUGGUCGCCUAUUGGCAUUUUCCUCUCUUUGAUCCUGCGGGGUGCUUUCCUGCCUUUUGGGAUGAAACUGAAAGCAGCAAUGUAUUUUUCUGUGCAUCGAUUGCUCCAUGUGCAACCCUUUUAUACCUGCUGGCACAAGGAACAUCAUUUCUCGGCAUCGCAGACGUGUCUCACAGCCUGCCAGGAGUCUGGUUUGCUCGAGAGCGGAGCUGAGGCGCUUUAUGUGCAGUUGGCAUUUGUUUUGGUGCCGUUUUUCGACCAUGCUGCCUACCUUUGGGCUGCGAUCAACAACACGAUGAAUCAUCACUACUACGAAGACUACAAGAACUUGCAUUGGAAAGUUGCCAAACACAUGCUGCUGGCCCAGCGGAUGUUUCGCAAACACUUUUCCAAGCUGGAGCUUCCAGCAUGGCAGCUCCUAGAUGGUCUUUUGGCUGAAAAUCUCCGAUUCCCAGCGACCGACUUUAAAAGCCCACAGUUGGGUCUUGGAUCCAUUGAGAAGGCUUGGCAUGCCAGACAUCAUUGGACGACUGAAAAGCGCUUCGGCUACGGAACUUAUGAUUCUGUCUCCAACUUGGCAGCUGCUGCAAGAGCGAAAGCAAAAGCAGGGGAGGCAGAGACAGAGGGCGAAAGCGAAAAACUGGAGCAAUUUCUCAAAGAGUAUUUGCAGCUUUUGACGGGGCAAAUUCAGACCACCUCCUUGGUGAACCGCUGA